AUGCAUCUGGGUGAAGAGCGGAUUCAGUUCAGUUCGGUCUUGCAUUCUUCUGCUCCUGACUGGCACUUCAAUGCUAACUCGUAUUACGGCACAGGAACUUCCAUAUUAGCUAUGAACUUCGAAAAUGUGGUUUUAUUCUUUGGUACACUGACACUCUUCAGUCCAGUCAAACGGUGCAUGCAGACAGUGACACUAUUGUUCAUACCUGAACUCUAUCCAUCUGGCGAGUUAGCAGGAUUCCGUCGCAGUUUACAUACUUUGAAUUUCUUGAUUAUGUUUGAAAUGUCGACAGUUGACACCACUAGCACACGUUCAAGUACUUUGGUGUGGCCCGUCGAGGCGAUCGCGCUACCACCGCUCCACCAAUGCACGUUGGACGCACGUCUGCAAGGGCGAGCGAUGUUAUUGUGCGCCACCAGUUCCUGUCAGCGACGUAACGAAGCAAACCGGGCGUCAGUAGAAGAGUUUCACCAACUUAUCCGACGCAGUGGCCGCUUUGACUGUUUCACCCAUGAGGACCAUGUGCGUCGCUUAGACAUGGUUCAAACGCAACAAUGGUACCGGAUGCAUGAACGUCAUGCCUGA